AUGGUUAAUAAAUCCACAUUUAACCAUCCUAUAACGCUCGCAGAAAAUUUGGAAUUAGUUAUUAUGGAUAAUAAAAUAAUACAAUUUGACAGUGGUGUUGGAGGUCAGCAAGACGCUAAUGUAUGGCCAUCACUACAACACGACGAGGAAAUAUUUUGACGAUAAAUUAAACUUAUAUAUACAGAUACAGGUAAAUUAUUAUUAGCACUUUUUGUUUUUGGUAUAUCAUAUAUCAACGAAAGAUUUUUACACGGACUUGCUUCCAAACCGGGGCUGUUGGAGAACAUGGACACUGCUAACCUCUCCCUGGUUCAUCUGUGCUACGUAGCCGAGCGGAAGAUUUCAGGUAUAUUUUUUAAUGAGACAGAUGGUCAUACGUUGACGGAGUUUUGCGCACUACGAACCAAAUCGCAUACGUACACAUUGGACAGAGUAGAAAAAAUCAAGGUUAAAGAUAUUAGAUGUCAUGUAGUCAAAAACCACAUUACUUUUAACGGCCAUAAACAGUGCUUGUUUGGUGACGUUGAACUUGAUGCGCGUAUAGGGAUAAUGUUUCUAUAUGGUCGUUCCAUCACCAACUCAGACCGAUCUCAACAAACAAACAUAUAA